GCAAAAUCAGCACCAGCAUGCCAGUCCUGGAUCUCAUUGAUGCCAUUCAACCAGGAUCAAUCAAAUAUGACCUCUUGAAAACAGAGGACCUGAAAGAUGAGGAGAAACUAAAUAAUGCUAAGUAUGCUAUCUCUAUGGCAAGAAAAAUUGGAGCAAGAGUCUAUGCCCUUCCAGAAGACCUGGUUGAAGUGAAACCCAAAAUGGUCAUGACAGUGUUUGCUUGUCUUAUGGGAAAAGGCAUGAAGAAAGUUUAAAGCACAAAAUACUUGUACUGAUGCCUGGUAUUCACCCUUUUGAUUCCCUCAAACUGGAUGCUUUUCUCCAUAUCAAGGAAUAUGCAGGGUGCUCAUGCUUUAAAGGCAUGAAUGUUAACACGGUUCCAGAUCAUACUAAAGUUGUGUAUCCACAUGUAUCCAGGAAA